CCCUGGCUCUUAUAUAUAGUGACCAAAUUUAAUUCAUCUCAGUCUCUCUUUUCUUUUCUUACAAAAAGAAUGUAUGUACAUCACCAUCUCUGAUUAUCAUCCAAUAUUAAUGGUGAUCCAUUAAACGAUCUUCACUCCGAUUAUCAUUCACUUCAAAUACUCAUCUUAAUCUCUUAUCCAAACACAACUUUCUCGUUAAAAAAACCAUCUCCCGAAGAUUCAGGAACCCUAAUAAUCACUUCAAUUCAAACAACACGUUGCUUUUGACUGAACCCUUUUCUUCGAAUCUGACACAAUAUCAACCACUCAUAUUAACCCAUAAUCCAUCACCUGCUUCAUAUAUAUACAUUUACUCAACAUAUAUCCAGAUUCCAUUAUCUGUUUAGCUAUUAAAAACAUCCAUCUAUCAUAUCCAUCAUGACUAUUUCAUGUUUAAGGGAAUUACAAGGGAAAAUGGCUAAUGAUCCUCACUUUACCGGCUCCACACGACGUGUAUGGGUGCCCGGCCCGGUUAUCAUUGGGGCUGGACCGUCUGGGCUUGCGGCUGCAGCUUGUUUGAAGGAGAAAGGGGUUCCCAGCGUCGUGUUGGAGCGAUCAAAUUGUAUCGCAUCGCUUUGGCAAAACAAGACGUAUGAUCGGCUCCGCUUGCAUCUCCCCAAGAAGUUUUGUGAACUGCCCAUGAUGCCCUUUCCAGAGGAUUAUCCUGAGUACCCUUCAAAGCAGCAGUUUGUAGAGUAUUUGGAGAAUUACGCCAAGCGGUUUGGGAUUAUGCCGGUUUUCGAGCAGGAGGUGGAGAGUGCGGAGUAUGAUGAGUGUGUAGGGUUAUGGAGAGUGAAGAGUGUAGGGUUGAAAGGGGAGGAGAUGGAGUAUGUUUGCCGGUGGUUGGUGGUGGCUACCGGAGAGAAUGCUGAGGCGGUCGUCCCGGAGAUUAAAGGGAUGGCGGAUUUUCGCGGGGAGGUUCGACACACGUCCGAGUAUAAAAAUGGGAGCCGGUUUAGCGGGAAGAAAGUGUUGGUUGUAGGUUCUGGGAAUUCAGGAAUGGAAGUAUGUUUGGAUCUAUGCAAUUACAAUGCUCAUCCUUCUCUUAUUGUUAGAGAUUCUGUCCAUGUCCUACCACGAGAGAUGUUAGGAAGAUCGACUUUUGGGUUGUCAAUGUGGUUGCUCAAGUGGCUACCCAUAAGACUCGUUGAUCGCUUUCUAUUGAUCAUGUCAUGGCUGAUCUUUGGAGACACGGCUAGCUUUGGACUCGAACGCCCCAAAGUAGGACCCCUCGAACUAAAAGGCAAGACUGGAAAAACACCAGUUUUGGAUGUGGGAACCCUAGCCAAGAUCAAAAGUGGAGACAUCAAGAUACAUCCAAGCAUUCAAAGUGUUGGGAACCAUGAUGUACGAUUUGUGAAUGGAAGAGUAGAGAAAUUUGAUGCAAUCAUUUUAGCAACAGGAUACCGAAGCAAUACUCCCUCUUGGCUAAAGGAGAACCAAAUGUUCUCGGAAAAAGAUGGGAUGCCUCGGAAAACAUUUCCUCAAGGUUGGAAAGGUGAUUACGGGCUAUACGCAGUAGGGUUCUCUAGACGGGGCUUGUUUGGUUCAUCCAUGGAUGCUAAGCGAGUAUCAGAAGACAUAGAAAGGUUGUGGAAAGCAGAAGCCAAACAACUUUCCAAGACCAUUGGACGAUCUUUCUCACUCCAAUGCUAGUUUUUGUCGUCAAUGCACCAAUGACUUAGAGGACACUAGUUUCAUUUAACUACAAAAUAUUUUGACACUAAAAUCAACCAAAUGUUGGCCAUCCAAUUGUAGAAAAUUGAGGAAGUAUUGUGGUGGAAAUACUUCUAGCUAGCAACCAGUUAGGGUAUUUUAUAUUUAUUGAUUUGGGGAGGGGACCUCUAUCUUGAUCUAGGGUAGUGUAUGUAUACACAUCUUGUACAUUGCCACGUUAACUUCUUUGACAGAGAAAGAGAGAGAGAGAGGGGGAUAGGGGUAACGAUAGUAGGAUUGGUUUUGUUUUCUCUUUAAAU